AUGAAAAUUAGGCCAUAUCAUACUUUGUCUCUUAAGCAACCUGAAAUGUUUCGGAAAAUGAAUUUCAAAGUUUUGAUAAUCUUUCUGGUGACUUUAACAAUAAUUUGUCCUCAGAAUACUAUCGCCGCUGUCACUUCUUCCAUUCCAAUUUCGGGCACUAUCUCAAAUGCUGGCAAGAUACCUCCAACACCUGCCGAUGAUUUACCAAAUCAGAGUACUGGUGUCAUAAAUUCAUUUCCUAUCGUCAGUUCAACUUCCAGAGACAUAAAUCCAAGUUCGACUGUUAGUAGUACUUCGACCUCCAUGUCAUCGAAUGCAAAUAGAAUUGGGAGUGGAGUUUUUGGGAUUAGCGUUAUUGUUGGCGUGUUCGGCUGGUUCAUUGGAGUAAAUUCGUUAUAA